AUGGUGGAGUUCCAGGUGGAAUUCCUGAAGACUCUAGAAGACGGGACCAGAUUGGUUCCGGACCUGGAGAAGCUGGAGAGAGUGGAUCAGUUUAAGGUACAAAAUAACACCCUGCCUGGAACCAAAUAACAGCCAGCCUCGAACGACAAAAUAACAGCCAGCUUCGAACGACAAAAUAACACCCUGCCUUAAAUGAAAUAAGGCUCUGCUUAGAUCCAAAUAACAGCAUGCCUGGAACAAGUAUCAACCCUACAGUACCAGUCAAAAGUUUGGACACACCUACUCAUUCAAGGGUUUUUCUUUAUUUUUACUAUUUUCUACAUUGUAGAAUAAUAGCGAAGACAUCAAAACUAUGAAAUAACACAUAUGUAAUCAUGUAGUAACCAAAAAAGUGUUUAACAAAUCAAAAUAUAUUUUAUAUUUGAGAUUCUUCAAAUAGCCACCCUUUGCCUUGAUGACAGCUUUGCACACUCUUGGCAUUCUCUCAACCAGCUUCAUGAGGUAGUCACCUGGAAUGCAUUUCAAGUCGCAGUCGCAAAAACCAUCAAGCGCUAUGAUGAAACUGACUCUCAUGAGGACCACCACAGGAAUGGAAGACCCAGAGAUACCUCUGCUGCAGAGGAUAAGUUCAUUAGAGUUACCAGCCUCAGAAAUUGCAGCCCAAAUAAAUGCUUCACAGAGUUCAAGUCACAGACACAUCUCAACAUCAACUGUUCAGAGGGGACUGUGUGAAUCAGGCCUUCAUGGUCGAAUUACUGCAAAGAAACCACUACUAAAGGACACCAAUAAGAAGAAGAGACUUGCUUGGGCCAAGAAACACGAGCAAUGGACAUUAGACUGGUGGAAAUCUGUCCUUUGGUCUGGAGUCCAAAUUGGAGAUUUUUGGUUCCAACUGCCGUGUCUUUGUGAGACGCGGUGUGUGUGAACGGAUGAUCUCUGCAUGUGUAGUUCCCACCAUAAAGCAUGGAGGAGGAGGUGUUAUGGUGUGGGGCUGCUUUGCUGGUGACACUGUCUGUUAUUUAUUUAGAAUUCAAGGCACACUUAACCAGCAUGGCUACCACAGCAUUCUGCAGCGAUACGCCAUCCCAUCUGGUUUGGGCUUAGUGGGACUAUCAAUUGUUUUUCAACAGGACAAUGACCCAACACACCUCCAGGCUGAGUAAGGGCUAUUUUAUCAAGAAGGAGAGUGAUGGAGUGCUGCAUUAGAUGACCUGGCCUCCACAAUCCCCCGACCUCAUCCCAGUUGAGAUGGUUUGGGAUGAGUCGGACGGCAGAGUGAAGGAAAAGCAGCCAACAAGUACUUAGCAUAUGUGGGAACUCCUUUAAGACUGUUGGAAAAGCAUUCCGAGUGAAGCUGGUUGAGAGAAUGCCAAGAGUGUGCAAAGCUUUCAUCAAGGCAAAUGGUGGCUACUUUGAAGAAUCUCAAAUAUAAAAUAUAUUUGGAUUUGUUUAACACUUUUUUGGUUACUACAUGAUUCCAUAUGUGUUAUUUCUUAGUUUUGAUGUCUUCACUAUUAUUCUACAACGUAGAAAAUAGUAAAAAAAAAAAAAAAACCUUGAAUGAGUAGGUGUGUCCAAACAUUUGACUGGUACUGUACAUCUGGCAUUUUAACUGUCUGCCGCUUCCAAAACACAUUGUGUAACCACGACUCUUUCCUCUCCUUCUCAGAAAAUCCUCUUCUCUCUAGGAGGCUCCUUCCUGUACUAUGCAGACCGUUUUAAGAUCUACAGUGCGUUCUGCGCCAGCCACACCAAAGUGCCAAAGGUGCUCGUAAAAGGUGAGUUAAACACAGUUAGUGUGUGUCUGUGUCCAAGGUGCUCAGAAAGGGUUAAUAAAACACAGUUAGCGUGUGUGUGCGUGGUUGUGUGUGUCCAAGGUGCUCAGAGAGGGAUAAUAUACCUGAAGCAUUCCUCCCUGUUUCCACCGACCCGACUUCCUGCACCCUGCACUAUAGAGAAGAACUGCGUCCCAAAUGGCACCCUAUUCCCUACAUAGUGCCCUACUUUUGUCCAAUCCCCUAUGGGCCCUGUUCAAAAGUAGUGCACUAUAUAGGGAAUAGGGUGCCAUUUGGGACCAAGUCUCUUAGGACAGUGUUUCUCAAACAGCGGGCCUAGGACCCCCUGGGGCUAUGACUCAGGGGUCCGAAUGACCUUUCAAGGUCCUAGACAUGUGAAUGACCUCUUCAUACUAGCAGGUCUCUUAGACAGUGUGAAUGACCUCUUCAUAGCUAUAGCAGGUCUCUUAGGACAGUGUUGAAUGACCUCUUCAUAGCUAUGAGCCAAGGUCUCUUAGGACGGUUGAAGACUCUAUAGCUGUCUCUUAGACAGUGUUGAAUGACUCUUUCAUAGCUUAGGGUCUCUCGGACAUGUGAAUGACCAUCUAUAGCAGGUCUCUUAGACAGUGUUGAAUGUCUCUCAUACUAUAGCAGGUCUCUUAGGACAGUGUUGAAUGACCUCUUCAUAGCAGCUAUAAGGUUGAAUGAUAGUUUUAAAGGUAGAAGAACCCUUCAAUGAGGUUUAUGAGUGUUGUCCCUCAACUAUGCAGGUACUGUAACAGUUGAGCAUUUAUAGAUGCGGUCUGCCAGUUGAAUACCCAACAUACAUGUUAACAGGAAGCUCUUCCUGCAGUCUCAGACAAAUGCCUCUUCUAGCUUAGCAGGUCCUUCGGACAUGUGAUGACCGUUUCAUAGUCUAAGGCGUUUUUGGACAGUGACAUCAAGUCCAAGGGUCUCUUAGACAGGUGAUGCUUUCAUACAGUUUGGGAGUGUGAUGUCUUCAUAGCUAAGGGUGCUCUAGACAGUGGAAUGAUAUACUAAGCAUUCCUGACAGAGUUUCACGACCACUUCAUGCUACUGCAGUCUUUAGGACAGUUGCAGUCCCAAGGCAGCUCUUCCUAGCAGUGUGUGCCCUCUUUUGCAAUCCCUAUGGACGUGUUCGAAAUUUCAUAUAUAGGGUAGGGCCAGUUUGGACAGACUCUUCUAGCAGGUCUCUAACAGGUGGUUGGACCCCAUGUGGGCUCUUAACGUGAAGCUCUUCAAGUAUGGGUCCUCUGACAUGACCUCUUCAUAGAAGGUCUCUUAGGACAGUGUUGAAUGACCUCUUCAUAGCUAUAGCAGGUCUCUUAGGACAGUGUUGAAUGACCUCUUCAUAGCAGGUCUCUUAGGACAGUGUUGAAUGACCUCUUCAUAGCUAUAGCAGGUCUCUUAGGACAGUGUUGAAUGACCUCUUCAUAGCUAUAGCAGGUCUCUUAGGACAGUGUUGAAUGACCUCAGAAAAUGUGGACUUGUGUUUUUCUGGUCUCGGUCUUGACUCUGUCUCGGACCCUUGUCCCCCUCUCGGUCUCGCCCCCCCCCCCCUCAGGUCUUGGUCUUGAAUCAGUCUCGAACACAACACUGCUGUAUAUUCAACUCCCCAAAAGAGAUGUUAUUUUAUGACCGUACACUUUAACAGAUCACAUCAGACUCGUGUCAAACUCAUUCCACGGAGGACCGAGUGUCGGCUGGUUUUCGCUCACCUGGUUGUCUAGGUCACUAAUUAGUAAAGAACUCCCCUCACCUGGUUGUCUAGGUCACUAAUUAGUAAAGAACUCCCCUCACCUGGUUGUCUAGGUCACUAAUUAGUAAAGAACUCCCCUCACCUGGUUGUCUAGGUCACUAAUUAGUAAAUAACUCUCCUCACCUGGUUGUCUAGGUCACUAAUUAGUAAAGAACUCCCCUCACCUGGUUGUCUAGGUCACUAAUUAGUAAAGUACUCCCCUCACCUGGUUGUCUAGGUCACUAAUUAGUAAAGAACUCCCCUCACCUGGUUGUCUAGGUCACUGAUUAGUAAAGAACUCCCCUCACCUGGUUGUCUAGGUCACUAAUUAGUAAAGAACUCCCCUAACCUGGUUGUCUAGGUCACUAAUUAGUAAAGAGCUCCCCUAACCUGGUUGUCUAGGUCUUAACUGAAAGGAAAAAACUAAAACCUGCAGACACUAGGCCCUGCAUGGAAUGAGUUUGACCCCUCUGCCAUAAGAGCAUGGUAGCAGCAAACAGUCGGGGGACGUUAUGUUGGAUGUUAUUUAAUUAUCCAGCUCCUCUGAAACAUGUGGAGGUUAUGUGUGUAAAACCCUCUCCUCCGCUCUCAUUGCAUCUAGCUAAGACAGAUGCAGACUUCAAGGCGUUUCUGGAAGAGAGGAACCCUAAACAGCAACACUCCUCAACCCUGGAGUCCUACCUGAUCAAACCCAUCCAGAGAGUCCUGAAGUACCCACUUCUACUGAGGGAGCUGUACUCACUGACUGACCCUGACAGUGAAGAACACUAUCACCUGAAUGGUAAGGUGGGAGGUCUGGAGCUGUACUCACUGACUGACCCUGACAGUGAAGAACACUAUAACCCGAAUGGUAAGGUGGGAGGUCUGGAGCUGUACUCACUGACUGACCCUGGCAGUGAAGAACACUAUAACCCGAAUGGGGGAGGGAGGGAGGGAGGGAGGGAGGGGAGGGAGGGAGGGAGGGAGGGAGGGAGGGAGGGAGGGAGGGGAGGGAGGGAGGGUGGGAGGGAGGGUGGGAGGGGGGAGGGAGGGAGGGUAUGUGAGAGAGCAUUACCAUAAGGUCAGCAGUGUGUGUGUGUGUUUAUGUAUCAUUAUUUCAUAGAUGGAGAAAUGGGUGCACUGCACACUACUUCUAGACAACAUAAGAUGAAUACAUGUAGUCAUGGUGACAGUGAGUCAUUUCCACUAAUACAUCACACUAAUGGUGUUCCUCUUGUCUUCUCUCUGCAUCCUGUUCAGUUGCUAUGAAGGCCAUGAACAAGGUGGCCAGUCACAUCAAUGAGAUGCAGAAGAUCCACGAGGAGUUUGGGUUGGUGUUUGACCAGCUCAUAGCAGAGCAGAGUGGAGACAAGAAAGAGGUACGGUGAUGUAAGAAGGCGGUACGGCGUAUUGCAACGCCAGGGGUUGUGGGUUCGUUUCCCACGGGGGGGGGGGGCCAGUAUGAAAAAAAUGUAUGCACUCACUAACUGUAAGUCGCUCUGGAUAAGAGCUAAAAUGUAAAUGUAUGGGGUUGUUGUAAGAAAGAGGUACAAUGGUGUUGUUGUAAAAAAUAGGUACGGUGUUGUUGUAUGAAAGACAUACGAUGUUGUUGUUGUAUGAAAGAGGUAUGUGUUGUUGUAUGAAAGAGGUACGGUGUUGUUGUAUGAAAGAGGUACGGUGUUGUUGUAUGAAAGACAUACGAUGUUGUUGUUGUAUGAAAGAGGUACAGUGUUGUUGUAUGAAAGACGUACGGUGGUGUUGUUGUAUGAAAGACGUACAGUGUUGUUGUUGUAUGAAAGACGUACGGUGUUGUUGUUGUAUGAAAGACGUACGGUGUUGUUGUAUGAAAGAGGUACGGUGUUGUUGUAUGAAAGAGGUACAGUGUUGUAUGAAAGAGGUACGGUGUUGUAUGAAAGAGGUACGGUGGUUGUAUGAAAGAGGUACAGUGUUGUAUGAAAGAGGUACAGUGUUGUAGGAAGCCUCCUUAUGUGACAUUGGUGUGUUGCUAAUGUAACAUUGCUGUAACAUUAGUGUGUUGUAACAUGGUUGUGUUGUGUGUUCUAGGUUGCUGAUCUGUCGAUGGGUGACAUGCUGCUCCACACCAGCGUAGCCUGGAUCAACCCUCCCUCCUCCCUGGGCAAAUGGAAGAAAGACCCCCAACUGGCUGCAUUCAGUACGUUAAGGACAAGACCCAGUGUGCAUCCGAUAUGGCCUUCUCAGAACCAUGCAGCUAAUGUGGUUUUAGUUCUAGAACAGGACUAGUGCUAGUUCUAGAACCUUCUCUUGAUCACUCUUAGGCUGGCUGUCUGCUACAUAAGGAUACGUGUACCAAUCUGUCUAAUGACAUAGGCUGUGUCCCCUAUUCCCUAGUUAGUGCACAACUUUUGACCACAGCCCAUUUGGGACUGAGUUGCAAGCCUGAUAACCCAAUUAAACAUAAUAAUAUAUUAUGGUAGCUUACUCGUGUAUUUGAAAUGUGUUACUCAAACACUGAAGUGGUUUUGAGAAAUGAGUGUGAGAAGUCUUUCUGCUAACCCUCUCAUCACCUUCUUCUUCGUUCAGUCUUCAAAACAGCUGUGGUGUUUGUGUGUAAGGAUGGCUCCAAGCAGAAGAAGAAAAUGGUGAGUUCCAUCUCUCUUAAAGCGGCAAUCAGCAGUUGAAACGAAAACGAAGCCCUUGUUUUGGUAAACAGCCGAGGGACGGGGCUGGAGAAAUGUAACCACUCUCAAAUUCAAAGACAGAGCUAUGGAUGCAAGGACUGACCAUCCAUGAUAUCAAAAUGAUAGUUUUAACCAUGUUUUUAGGCUAUACAGUUUUUGUUAAGAUUUAGUUUGUUUUGGGGUUCUGAUGGGGUACGACAGUUGAACUAAGCUCAUGAGGCAUUUUUAAGUUAUAUUCUUCAAGAAUCAAUGGGUACAUAUCAUUCAUGUAUAAGUCCAAAAAUGGAUGUAGCAACUGUUGGUUUCCCCUUUAACACAACCCACUUUCAACCAUGGUUUCUGCGAAUCCUACCAGUGAUAUUCCCUUCCCAUCUAGUGGUUCUAAUGAAUCCUACCAGUGAUAUUCCCUUCCCAUCAAGGGGUUCUAAUGAAUCCUACCAGUGAUAUUCCCUUCCCAUCUAGUGGUUCUAAUGUAUUUGGUUUUGUUGAAGCACCACUUCCAUAACUAGUCCAGUGGGUCAGUGGUACCUUCCAUAACUAGUCCAGCGGGUCAGUGGUACCUUCCAUGACUAGUCCAGCGGGUCAGUGGUACAUUCCAUGACUAGUCCAGCGGGUCAGUGGUACCUUCCAUGACUAGUCCAGCGGGUCAGUGGUACCUUCCAUGACUAGUCCAGCGGGUCAGUGGUACAUUCCAUGACUAGUCCAGCGGGUCAGUGGUACCUUCCAUGACUAGUCCAGCGGGUCAGUGGGACCUUCCAUGACUAGUCCAGCGGGUCAGUGGUCCCAGCUGAUGUAUUGUAAAACACGUAUCACACAGUCAUCUAAACCGUCCUGCAGCGCACGUGAUCACACCCCUGUAACAUAUAAAAGCUUUAUAAAGCAUUCAUAAAGUCUUCAUAAGCAUUACAUAGAUACUUCGGAAAUGAUUUAUGCAUCUGUUGGGGUGUGUAUCUGUCUGUUGGGGUGUGUAUCUGUCUGUUGGGGGGUGUAUCUAAGGUCUGUCUGUGUGUCUCUCAGGGUGGCUCCCAUCGAGCAUCGUCAGUCUCGUCUGAAGACAAGGACCCAUUCCGCUUCCGUCACAUGAUCUCCACAGACACCCUCCAAGUCCGAGCCCUCAAUAACCAAGGUACAGUUCAAUAUAGAGCCCUCAAUAACCAAUGUACAGUUCAAUAUAGAGCCCUCAAUAACCAAGGUACAGUUCAAUAUAGAGCCCUCAAUAACCAAGGUACAGUUCAAUAUAGAACCCUCAAUAACCAAGGUACAGUACAAUAUAGAGCCCUCAAUAACCAAGGUACAGUUCAAUAUAGAGCCCUCAAUAACCAAUGUACAGUUCAAUAUAGAGCCCUCAAUAACCAAGGUACAGUUCAAUAUAGAGCCCUCAAUAACCAAUGUACAGUACAAUAUAGAGCCCUCAAUAACCAAGGUACAGUUCAAUAUAGAGCCCUCAAUAACCAAUGUACAGUUCAAUAUAGAGCCCUCAAUAACCAAGGUACAGUUCAAUAUAGAGCCCUCAAUAACCAAUGUACAGUUCAAUAUAGAGCCCUCAAUAACCAAGGUACAGUUCAAUAUAGAGCCCUCAAUAACCAAUGUACAGUUCAAUAUAGAGCCCUCAAUAACCAAGGCACAGUACAAUUCAAUAUAGAGCCCUCAAUAACCAAUGUACAGUUCAAUAUAGAGCCCUCAAUAACCAAUGUACAGUUCAAUAUAGAGCCCUCAAUAACCAAGGUACAGUUCAAUAUAGAGCCCUCAAUGACCAAUGUACAGUUCAAUAUAGAGCCCUCAAUAACCAAGGUACAGUACAAUAUAGAGCCCUCAAUAACCAAGGCACAGUUCAAUAUAGAGCCCUCAAUAACCAAGGUACAGUUUCAAUAUAGAGCCCUCAAUAACCAAUGUACAGUACAAUAUAGAGCCCUCAAUAACCAAGGUACAGUACAAUUCAAUAUAGAGCCCUCAAUAACCAAGGUACAGUUCAAUAUAGAGCCCUCAAUAACCAAUGUACAGUACAAUAUAGAGCCCUCAAUAACCAAGGUACAGUUCAAUAUAGAGCCCUCAAUAACCAAUGUACAGUUCAAUAUAGAGCCCUCAAUAACCAAGGUACAGUUCAAUAUAGAGCCCUCAAUAACCAAUGUACAGUUUCAAUAUAGAGCCCUCAAUAACCAAGGUACAGUUCAAUAUAGAGCCCUCAAUAACCAAUGUACAGUUCAAUAUAGAGCCCUCAAUAACCAAGGCACAGUACAAUUCAAUAUAGAGCCCUCAAUAACCAAUGUACAGUUCAAUAUAGAGCCCUCAAUAACCAAUGUACAGUUCAAUAUAGAGCCCUCAAUAACCAAGGUACAGUUCAAUAUAGAGCCCUCAAUGACCAAUGUACAGUUCAAUAUAGAGCCCUCAAUAACCAAGGUACAGUACAAUAUAGAGCCCUCAAUAACCAAGGCACAGUUCAAUAUAGAGCCCUCAAUAACCAAGGUACAGUUCAAUAUAGAGCCCUCAAUAACCAAUGUACAGUACAAUAUAGAGCCCUCAAUAACCAAGGUACAGUACAAUUCAAUAUAGAGCCCUCAAUAACCAAGGUACAGUUCAAUAUAGAGCCCUCAAUAACCAAGGUACAGUUCAAUAUAGAGCCCUCAAUAACCAAGGUACAGUACAAUAUAGAGCCCUCAAUAACCAAGGUACAGUACAAUAUAGAGCCCUCAAUAACCAAGGUACAGUUCAAUAUAGAGCCCUCAAUGACCAAUGUACAGUUCAAUAUAGAGCCCUCAAUAACCAAGGUACAGUACAAUAUAGAGCCCUCAAUAACCAAGGUACAGUACAAUUCAAUAUAGAGCCCUCAAUAACCAAGGCACAGUUCAAUAUAGAGCCCUCAAUAACCAAGGUACAGUACAAUAUAGAGCCCUCAAUAACCAAGGUACAGUACAAUAUAGAGCCCUCAAUAACCAAGGUACAGUACAAUAUAGAGCCCUCAAUAACCAAUGUACAGUUCAAUAUAGAGCCCUCAAUAACCAAUGUACAGUUCAAUAUAGAGCCCUCAAUAACCAAUGUACAGUUCAAUAUAGAGCCCUCAAUAACCAAGGCACAGUUCAAUAUAGAGCCCUCAAUAACCAAGGCACAGUUCAAUAUAGAGCCCUCAAUAACCAAGGUACAGUACAAUAUAGAGCCCUCAAUAACCAAGGUACAGUUCAAUAUAGAGCCCUCAAUAACCAAGGUACAGUUCAAUAUAGAGCCCUCAAUAACCAAGGCACAGUUCAAUAUAGAGCCUCAAUAACCAAGGUACAGUUCAAUAUAAGCCCUCAAAACCAAGGUACAGUUCAUAUAGAGCCCUCAAUAACCAAGGUACAGUUCAAUAUAGAGCCCUCAAUAACCAAUGUACAGUUCAAUAUAGAGCCCUCAAUAACCAAUGUACAGUUCAAUAUAGAGCCCUCGAUAACCAAGGUACAGUUCAUAUAGAGCCCUCAAUAACCAAUGUACAGUUCAAUAUAGAGCCCUCAAUAACCAAGGUACAUUCAAUAUAGAGCCCUCAAUAACCAAUGUACAUUCAUAUAGAGCCCUCAAUAACCAAUGUACAGUCAAUAUAGAGCCCUCGAUAACCAAGGUACAGUACAAUAUAGAGCCCUCAAUAACCAAUGUACAGUUCAAUAUAGAGCCCCAUCGAUAACCAAGUACCGUUUCAAUAUAGAGCCCUCAAUAACACAAUGUACAUUCAAAUAGAGCCCUCUAACCACAGGUACAUACAAUAUAGAGCCCCAAUAACCAAGGUACAGUUCAUAUAGAGCCCUCAAUACCAAUGUACAGUUCAAUAUAGAGCCCUCAAUAACCAACGUACAGUUCAAUAUAGAGCCCUCGAUAACCAAGGUACAGUUCAAUAUAGAACCCUCAAUAACCAAGGUACAGUACAGUGAGCCAUACUGAUGAAUCCUGAAAUACAUUUACGUUUUGUCACAUGUCCUUCUCUGUCUGAAUAGACAUGAUUGUAAUGUUCUCUGUCUGAAUAUACAUGAUUGUAAUGUUCUCUGUCUGAAUAGACGAGUGAGAUUAUGAAGAUAGUCAGUGAGCUGUACUGUUCUGUACGUGAGGCUAUAACUGUGUGUGUGUGUGUUCCUCGCAGACGGAGAGGGCUCUGCCGUGUGUGAGAUCGUCCACGUCAAGUCCGAGUCAGAAGGACGGCCGGAGAGGACAUUCCACCUGUGCUGCAGGUGAGCCUCCUGGUGGCAUGUCUGUCAGUCCUGACGGAGGACGAUAAUGACAUUAAGUCACUGAUUUAUUUUGGAACCACCUUCAAAAGCGUUUAAUAGUUUUCAUUUUAAAUAAUUUAAUUAUUUUCAUAUUUAAUUAAUUUAUAUAGCGCCUUUCCAAAUGCCCAAGGCACUGUAAGAGGGGAAACUCCUUGAUGCUGUUUAAUGUUGUGGCUGUUGGCCUAUAUAUGUCUUAACGAUCUGAGAACGUCUUAAUCAUCCAAACAAAUUAAAUCAAUUUCUGUCUCAUCCAGUUCUGUGGACAGUAAGAAGGACUUCCUGAAGACAGUCCACUCCAUCCUGAGAGAUAAACAACGGCGUCAGCUGAUGAAGACAGAGUCUCUAUCCCCCCAACCAGCAGUACGUCCCCUUCGGAGGCAAACGCCUCUGUGCCCUGAAGGGAGCGAGACCUGCCAUGCACAGAGCAGGUAGGGGGGCGGGGUGGGAGUGGCGUGCGUGUGCGUGCGUGUGCGUGCGUGUGUGUGUGUGUGUGUGAGCGUGAUUAAAGCAGGUAAAAGCUAACACCUAGCUUACGCUGUGUAUAUUUUAUUAUCUCAUCUGUUGAUGUUGAAGCAAGGUUAUCUAAUCAAUCCAUGCCACUGAAACCAUGACGUGUGUCUGUCCUUGCCCUCUGCAGUGUCAGACCCGGCGCGGACCCUGGGCCGGAGGAAGUUGGUGCGGAACCGUUUCACCAUCGACACAGACAUCGUCUUCGAUGGCGAGCCGGACCAGGAUUCCCCUCUGUCCCCACUGUCCCCCGAAGAGCCUGAGGGGCGGGGACAAAAGGAAGGACAGGGACGGGGGGAGACAGACCGCUGGGUGGAGGAGCAGUUUGACCUGGAGCGAUACGAGGAGGAGCAGGAGACGCAGGCGGAAGGAGGAGGAGGAGACGUGAAAGAGACGGACAUCCUUAGUGACGACGACGAUUUCUGCCAGUCUGUCAGAGGCCCCUCCACUGAACCCCCGUCCACCACAGACCUAGAGGGGCCUGUAGGGGCCUUGUCCCUGGGAGAGGAAGGCCAAGAGGUGGGCCCUAAACACCCCCAGCUCCAGGGAGCCACGGGGACCACUACCCCAGGGAUGAGGCUCUCCCACCUGGGGAAGCAGUGUGCCCUGGUUGGUGUGAGUGUGGAUGACCAGGGGGCUAGGGAGGAGGGUGAGGACAUCUGGGUACGCAGGGAGGACUGCCCCCCCGGACACACAGAGCUAGACUAGAAGAAGAGACAGAACGCUACAGACCGUGUGCCUCAGACAGAAAGCUUUACAUGACACUGCGUCCCAAACGGCACCAUUAGUGCACUUCUUUUGACCAGGGCCUAUAGGGUAUCCCAUAGGGCUCUGGACAAAAGUAGUGCACCACAUAGGGAAUAGGGUGCCAUUUGGGACGCAACCGUGGGCUACAAGACAAGAGACGAUCAGUGAACUCUCAAUCAAUCCCCAUCCAUCAAUAAUGUACGGCACAGCUACUUUGAGAGAACUCCUCCUUGCCAAUGUGGUUGAACGUGUUGUUUUGUAGUGUACAGAUAGACUGGUGAACCUUGAACUGAAGCCCUCCAAUGGGAGCAAUACUGGAAUACAGGGAGAAGAAGGGGUCUUAUCCAAUCAACCAAUGAUAUGGCGACAUGGAGGGGGGGGUCUUCCAAUCAUGGUGACGUAG